AUGGCAUGCUUCGCGUUAGGGCCCGUCUUCUUCCUCCCACAGACUCCCAACUCCAACUACUGGGCGCUAUCAAUGCCAGGAGUCACCCUCGCAACAUUUGGCCCAGAUAUGGGCUUUGCUGCAGCGGCAAUCUUCAUCACUUCGAGCGUACCCAGAUCAUACCAGGGCUCCGCUGGGAGCUUGCUGGUCACUGUACAGAGUUUGAGUACGGCCGUCAUGACGUCCUUAAGUGACUCAAUUGGGACAAAGGUUGAAGCACUUCCCACUAGAGAAAUCGGAUUGGAUGGCAUCAGGGCCAUCUGGUGGUUUGGGCUUGCCUCCACGCUAGUUGGAGCGCUAAUUACCGGCAUCAUAGUUCGCAUACCGAAAGCAGAGGAAAAAGAGUACGUGCAGUGA